AUGACCACUCACGUCACGCUGGAGGAUGCCUUGUCCAACGUGGACCUGCUGGAGGAGUUGCCCCUGCCUGACCAGCAGCCAUGCAUCGAACCACCCCCAUCUUCCAUCAUGUACCAGGCUAAUUUUGACACCAACUUUGAAGACCGAAACGCCUUUGUGACCGGCAUCGCCAGGUACAUCGAGCAGGCGACGGUGCACUCUAGCAUGAAUGAAAUGCUGGAGGAAGGACACGAAUAUGCAGUGAUGCUUUACACGUGGAGGAGCUGCUCCAGGGCCAUACCCCAGGUGAAAUGCAACGAGCAGCCCAACCGGGUGGAGAUCUAUGAGAAGACGGUGGAAGUGCUGGAGCCAGAGGUCACCAAACUGAUGAAGUUCAUGUAUUUCCAGCGCAAAGCCAUCGAGCGGUUCUGCAGCGAGGUGAAGCGCCUGUGCCACGCGGAGAGGAGGAAGGACUUUGUGUCCGAGGCCUAUCUGCUUACUCUGGGGAAGUUCAUCAACAUGUUCGCCGUGCUGGACGAGCUGAAGAACAUGAAGUGCAGCGUCAAGAACGACCACUCUGCCUACAAAAGGGCGGCCCAGUUUCUGCGGAAGAUGGCCGAUCCCCAGUCCAUCCAGGAGUCCCAAAACCUCUCCAUGUUCCUGGCGAACCACAACCGCAUCACACAGUGCUUGCAUCAGCAGCUGGAAGUGAUCCCGGGCUACGAGGAGCUGCUGGCGGAUAUUGUCAACAUCUGCGUGGAUUACUACGAGAACAAGAUGUACCUGACCCCCAGCGAGAAGCACAUGCUCCUGAAGGUGAUGGGGUUUGGUCUGUAUCUGAUGGACGGCAACGUCAGUAAUAUUUACAAACUGGAUGCCAAGAAGAGAAUCAACCUCAGCAAGAUCGACAAGUUCUUCAAGCAGCUGCAGGUGGUCCCUUUAUUCGGCGAUAUGCAGAUAGAACUGGCCAGAUACAUUAAGACCAGUGCUCACUAUGAGGAGAACAAAUCCAAGUGGACCUGUACCCAGAGCAGCAUCAGUCCCCAGUACAACAUCUGUGAGCAAAUGGUCCAGAUCCGUGACGACCACAUCCGCUUCAUCUCGGAGCUCGCUCGCUACAGCAACAGCGAGGUGGUCACUGGCUCAGGCCUGGACAGCCAGAAAUCAGAUGAGGAAUACAGGGAACUCUUUGACCUGGCCUUGCGGGGGCUGCAGCUGCUCUCCAAGUGGAGCGCCCACGUCAUGGAGGUGUAUUCCUGGAAGCUGGUUCAUCCCACGGAUAAGUUCUGUAACAAGGAUUGCCCGGGCACCGCAGAGGAGUAUGAGAGAGCCACCCGCUACAACUACACCAGCGAGGAGAAGUUUGCCUUUGUGGAGGUCAUUGCCAUGAUCAAGGGCCUGCAAGUGCUGAUGGGCCGGAUGGAGAGCGUCUUUAACCAGGCCAUCCGAAACACCAUCUACGCCGCGCUGCAGGACUUCGCCCAGGUGACGCUGCGCGAGCCGCUCCGGCAGGCCGUCAGGAAGAAGAAGAACGUCCUGAUCAGCGUCCUUCAGGCCAUUCGGAAGACAAUUUGUGACUGGGAGGGAGGCCGCGAGCCCCCGAACGACCCCUGCCUGAGAGGCGAGAAGGACCCCAAGGGCGGAUUUGAUAUUAAGGUCCCGCGGCGAGCGGUAGGGCCGUCGAGCACACAGCUGUACAUGGUCCGGACCAUGCUGGAGUCGCUGAUCGCAGACAAAAGCGGCUCAAAGAAGACGCUGAGGAGCAGCCUGGAUGGGCCCAUCGUGCUGGCCAUCGAGGAGUUUCACAAGCACUCCUUCUUCUUCACACACCUGCUUAACAUCAGUGAAGCCCUGCAGCAGUGCUGCGACCUGUCCCAGCUCUGGUUCCGCGAGUUCUUCCUGGAGCUGACCAUGGGCCGCCGCAUCCAGUUUCCCAUCGAGAUGUCCAUGCCGUGGAUACUCACGGACCACAUCCUGGAAACCAAAGAACCCUCCAUGAUGGAGUACGUCCUCUACCCCUUAGACCUGUACAACGACAGCGCCUAUUACGCCUUGACCAAGUUCAAGAAGCAGUUCCUGUACGAUGAGAUCGAAGCUGAAGUGAACUUGUGUUUCGACCAGUUUGUGUACAAGCUGGCGGAUCAGAUCUUUGCCUAUUACAAAGCCAUGGCCGGCAGUGUCUUAUUGGAUAAGCGCUUCCGGGCAGAGUGUAAGAAUUACGGCGUGAUUAUUCCUUACCCGCCAUCCAACCGCUACGAGACGUUGCUCAAACAGAGACACGUCCAGCUGCUAGGCAGGUCAAUCGACCUGAACAGGCUUAUUACCCAGCGCAUCUCAGCUGCCAUGUACAAGUCAUUAGACCAGGCUAUCAGCCGCUUUGAGAGUGAGGACCUGACGUCCAUCGUGGAACUGGAGUGGCUUUUGGAGAUCAAUCGCCUGACCCACCGGCUGCUGUGCAAACACAUGACUUUGGACAGCUUCGACGCCAUGUUCCGGGAGGCCAAUCACAAUGUCUCCGCGCCGUACGGACGCAUCACCCUGCACGUCUUCUGGGAGCUGAACUUUGACUUCCUGCCCAACUACUGCUACAACGGGUCCACCAACAGGUUUGUACGGACGGCGAUCCCCUUCACCCAGGAGCCGCAGCGGGACAAGCCGGCCAACGUCCAGCCCUAUUACCUCUACGGAUCAAAGGUCAGGUGCAAGCAAGCCCACCGCCCUGGGACCAAGCCCCUGAACAAGCCCCCUCGAAAGGUGCAGGGGCUGGGAGAGCUCGGACGGCGGUGGCAGUAG